AGAAGAUCUUCUCCUGCAGUUCUGCUGUCCUCCAGGACUCAGACUGGAAAAACUCCUCUGGAAUGCUCCCUAUGCCACGGAGCCUCAUGUCCAGCGAGGAGGAGAUGGCUCAGAGUUGCUCGGACUCCGGCAGCUCGGAGUCGGAUGGGUCCAGAGAGGAACACUCCAGCCGUGGGCAUGUGGACCGGAGAGACUCUAUGCUCAUAUGUGUGGUCAUCCCUGAUCUACAGCAGUCUAAGUCCGUACGGUUUGAUCCGGACGCGACGGUGUGGGUGGCGAAGCAGCAGAUCCUGUGCACGCUGACACAGAGCCUGAGGGACGUGCUGAACUACGGCCUCUUCCGGCCCUCCGUGGAUGGCAGGGAGAGCGGCUUCCUGGAAGAGGAGAAGGCCCUGAGGGACCACGCGCUUCCCGCCAACAAGGGCGUGCCCACGCUGGAGUUUCGCUACAAGAGCAGGGUGUACCAACAUGCCAACAUCAAUGAAAAACAGAUCGAGAAGCUCCACACGCAGGCCAACCUGAGGAGGUUCAUGGAUUACAUCCAACAUCACCAACUGGAUAAAGUUACCAAGUUGCUGGAGAGAGGUCUUGACCCAAACUACCACGACCCCGACACUGGGGAGACGCCCCUCACCCUGGCUGCCCACCUGGACAACGUGGUGGAGGUCAUCGAGGCCCUGAAGAGUGGAGGAGCACACCUGGACUUCCGCUCUCGUGACGGCAUGACGGCACUCCACAAAGCCGCCAGGGCCAGGAACCAGAUUGCACUGAAGGCCAUGCUGGAGCUCGGCGCGUCUCCGGACUACAAGGACCGCCAGGGUCUGACGCCGCUGUACCACACGGUGACAGUAGGGGGCGACCCCAGCUGUUGCGAGGUGCUGCUGCAAGCCCACGCCACCAUGACCUGCCACGAUGAGAAUGGCUGGCAUGAGGUCCACCAGGCUUGUCGAUAUGGCCAUGCUAAGCACUUGGAGCAUCUCCUGUUUUAUGGUGCAGACAUGCAAGUUCAGAAUGCAACGGGGAACACUGCCCUCCACAUCUGUGCACUGUACAAGGAGGAAACCUGUGCCCGGGUUUUGCUGGAGCAGGGAGUCAACAGGGACAUAAAGAACCACCGAGGACAAACUCCCUUUCAGGUGGCCAUAAUUGCAGGAAACUUUGAGCUGGCAGAGUUCAUAAAGAACUACAAAGCCACCGAUCUCGUGCCUUUCCGGGAGGCGGCUCCGGUGUGUUCAGGCCGGGGCAGGGCCCAGCAGACUCAGGCGCAGCGUGGCCGGAGCACGCUGGCAGCUCCGCGCGUCCUCCUGCGCUCCAACAGCGACAACAACCUGAACGUCAACAAGCUGUGCGCAGAACCCUCGCCCUCGUAUUCGCCUCUGCGCAGCCUGUCACCCCACAGGCACCAGCAGAUGCAGAACAGCCCCAAUGGGACCGUGAAGACCAUGGGCCGGGGGGCCCGGCCCCCUCGCAGCCGCUCGCCCUCGCUGGGCCGGCUGGGGGAAGUCCACACCCGGAGACACGCCCCCCCUCGCCACAGCAGCCCCCGUCCGAGCCGGGAUGGCUUCUCCGGCAUGGACACUCCGGGCUCCAAACGCAAGCUGCAUGGCAUGGUGCCAGGGAAGCACUAUGUGGUGGUGAAGUCCUACCAGCCAAAGGCAGAGGGCGAGAUCACUCUGUACAAGAACGACAGGGUUAAAGUCCUCAGCGUGGGUGAAGGUGGAUUCUGGGAAGGCAGUGCUCGGGGGAACAUGGGGUGGUUCCCUGCAGAGUGUGUGGAGGAAAUCCCCAAUAAACCCAACGAAGACCGACCCUAUGCGCGAGCAGACCGAUCUGAACGACGGAAGCUCUUUCGCCACUACACCGUGGGGUCAUACGACAGCUUCGACGCAUCCAGCGACUGCGUUAUUGACGAAAAGACCGUGCUGCUGCAGAAGAAGGAUAAUGAGGGAUUCGGGUUUGUGCUGCGAGGGGCGAAAGCGGACACCCCGAUAGAGGAGUUCACACCCACACCCGCCUUCCCUGCCCUGCAGUACCUGGAGUCGGUGGAUGAAGGUGGGGUGGCUUGGCAGGCUGGCCUCCGCACCGGGGACUUCCUCAUCGAGGUGAACCAGGACAACGUGGUCAAGGUGGGCCACAAACAGGUGGUAAACAUGAUCCGUCACGGGGGCAACCAUCUGAUCAUCAAAGUGGUCACGGUCAGCAGGAACCUGGACCCCGACGACACAGCAAGGAAGAAAGCUCCUCCCCCAGCCAGGAGGGCUCCCUCGACUGCGCUAUGCACACGCUCCAAGUCCAUGACCUCAGAACUGGAGGACAUAGUGGAUAAAGCCACUUUGAGGAAAAAGAAGGAUAAAGUGGAGGAGGUGGUUCCUCCCCAGAAGCCGGUGUGGGAGAGCGCAAACGUGGAUGUGAGGGUCGCCGCCGUCAAGCCCCGCCCUACCAGCAGGAGCUUCGCUGUGGCCCCAGAAAUGAACUCCCUGUGCAAUAGCCAGGACAUGACAGUGGACUCACCUACAGUCACAGGAGGUCCAAAAGGUCCCUACCUGGGUGUCCCAAAGGGAACCAUGAGACGCCAGACGUCCAUAGGAGUAACAGAAGAAGAAAAGCAGUUCCUGACUCCGCCCAUGCUGAAAUUCACAAGAAGCCUGUCAAUGCCUGACACGUCGGAGGACAUUCCCCCGCCUCCGGCGGUCUCCCCUCCGUCUCCGCCCCACAACGCCGCCCCUCCACCUUCCGGACGCGGAUACGGCACCAUCCGAGCCGGCUUCACCCCCCAAACCCCUCCGGCCAACAGCACACCCCCAGACAGAGGAGAUCCAGGCUGGAAAGAGCAGGGCGUAUACUACAGAGACAGUCCCGAACAGUACGACUCGGAAGUCUUCAACCACAGCCCCACUGCCCAGCAGAGCCUGCACAUGCGCCGGGCACAGGUCCCCGAGAACCCAUACUCGGACGUGGGAAAAGCGGGUCACUCCGCCCUGUUCGUGCCGAACAAGCCAGCGCGGAGGAAGGGCGUGCUGGUGAAGCAGCCCAACGUGGAGGACAGCCCCGAGAAGACCUGCUCCAUCCUCAUCCCCACCAUCAUCAUCAAAGAGCCGUCCACCAGCAGCAGCGGGAAAAGCAGCCAGGGCAGCAGCAUGGAGAUCGAGACCAGCACGCCGGACCACCCGGGCCAGCUCCGCCCGGAGGACCCAUCCGGUCCGUUCGUGAGCGCCAUGGCUUCCGGCCCCGUGCGGGACCGGGAGAAGAGGCUGGAGGUGCUCCGCAACUCCCCGUCCUUCCGGUCCACGGAUGCCGGCGACGAGGACGUGGCGUCGAUGCCUGCCCCGCGCUUGCGGCACUCCAAGUCCAUCGACGAGGGCAUGUUCAGCAGCGAUGAGCGACUGCGGCGCCUCAUGGCCCCGCCCACCUCCCUGCUCAGCAUCCCACGGGGCGGCGGCAACGUGACCGACUUCAACAGCCCGGAGCCCACCAUGGUACGGGAGCUGCUCAGCACUCGCACGGGACACAGUCCCGUCAGCCUGCCCGCCCACAAGACCUACAGCUCAGGGAGCGGGAACUAUGUCCACCCCGUCACUGGGAAACCUCUCGACCCCAACUCCCCGCUAGCCCUGGCGUUGGCUGCCCGGGACCGGGCCAUGAGGGAGCAGUCCCAGCCCAUGCCGCUCAAGAGCGACUCGUCCAAGCUGGACCUCAACAAGCCGCUCUUCAUCGACACCAAGCUGCGGCCCAGCCUGGACGUGAGUUUUUCCAGCACCGCCACCAUGGGCCGGCCGCGGGUGGGUCUGCGCAGACAGAUGACGGAGUCCAAGUACGAGACCGAGUCCAAGUACCAGCUGGACCCGGGAAAGCCCGAGAAGAGGGCAGAGGAGAAGAAGAACAUGCUGAUGGAGGCGGCGGACGCGGCGCAGCAGAAGUCGGCUGGCCUGCUCAUGGUCCACACCGCGGACGGGGACAAAUCGGACCAGAGCAGCCCGUCGGAGGGGGACAGGGAUGAGGAUGGUUGCUUAGACAGCACUCCCGGCGAGCUCCGAGAUCCCAAUCAGCCGGUGCCGGCUAACCCGCCUCCCUUGAAAAGUCUGUCCGCCGCUCCGCAGGGAAAAACCAUCAUCACCGUCAACUCCGUGGACGAGCCUGUCAAGCUUCCUUUUGGCAUCCCCCCCCCACCCCUGGCCUCGGUCGACAUCGAUGAGGAGUUCGUGUUCGGCGAGCCCCUGCCUCCCCCAUUGGAGUUUGCCAACAGUUUCGACAUCCCCGACGACCAGACGGGGGCCCUCGCCGAGCUGCUAAAGCAGAAAGCGACCGGCGUGAGGGGGCCCUCGCUCACGCCGUUCUAUCCCCACUUAGCCACGAGCAACUCAGAUAUCUCUAAGAGACCGACCGUCCUCACCAAUUGCACGCCACCCAGCUUUCCCACAGGUCCUCUGGAGCCCUACGAGCCCAUUAUCGACUCAGGCAUCGAGGUGGACAGCCGGAGCAGCGGCGACCCCCAGCUGGAGACCACCAGCACAGUCUCCACCGUGUCCAGCAUCUCCACCUUGUCGUCCGAAGGGGGGGAAACCCUGGACACUUGCACCGUUUAUGCAGAUGGUCAGGCCUUCAUGGUGGACAGGGCUCAGGUCCUGCCCAAACAGAGGGUCAAACAUGCCGUUAACAAGAGCAAUGCACUUUACAAGGACACACUGAAUGCGGAGGGCGUGGCCUCUUUCAGGCCCUCUUCCUCGGUCCCGCCCCCGCCCCCGCCCCCAGGAACCGCCGCGCCAGAUCCGCCGAAAACCCCGACGCAAAGAACCUCCAAGCUCUGGGGCGAGUCUCACGGACCAGAGGCCAAGUCCCAGCCGAUGGCCGACACAAGCUCGGCUCUGCAGCACAUGAACAAGGACAAAGCGCCAAAGCCAGCGGAAGUGUUGGACUCUCCUGCAGGACCUCGAACCCACUUUGGAAGAAAUCCGGACGGUGUGUCCCUCGUCUCAGGUACCCAGCAGAACGCCACUGUCACGUUCACUGCCCAGCCCGGCCCAAACGUGCCUGCCCCAUUGGCAUGCCGGCAAGGCGAGAGCCUGCCCCCGCGCUCCCCGCGCUCCCCGUGCACCCCGAGUCCCAUCAUGUCUCCUCCGGACUCGGGUCUGAGCUGUGCCUCGUCCCUACCUGCCUCCAUCACCUCGCCCACCAUGACAGAAGUGUUUGGGCUGCCCACGCCGCCGCUCAGCCUGGGCACGGGCCGCAGUCGCUCCCCGUCCCCGCUCACCCUCAUCCAGGCGGCCUCCAGCAAACCCUUCGCUGCCAAGCCUGUGCUGGGGUGGAGCAAACAGGACGUGGCCGACUGGCUGGAGAGCCUGAACCUGGCUGAGCACAGGGACGCCUUCAUGGACAAUGACAUCGAGGGCAGCCACCUGCCCAACCUGCAGAAGCAGGACCUGAUUGACCUGGGGGUGACCCGCGUGGGACACCGCAUGAAUAUCGAGAGGGCGCUCAAGGCACUCCUGGACAGAUGAGAGUGGGGAUGAGAGGGCUUCGUCGGAGACAUCACCACCGCCUUCUGGUCAUAAGCUUUGUUCUUUCCUCUCUUCUUUUCGGUUCGGUUUGUUGGCUUAUUUUUGAUUUUUUAUUUUUUACAUUUUUUUGGUUUUAUUCCCUCUCAUUGCCUGCGGUGGAUUUUUUUUAAGGAAAGACUUGCGUCCUAAAGAAAAACUCGAGUUUGGAAACGGCGCCACGGUGUAACGUCACAAGCACAAAGCUACACGUGCAUGAAAGCGCCAGCCAUCGAUGGGAUGUGAUGAGCUGAUCCACUCCUCGGAGCGCUCUGAGCUAAGCCGCACGUCGGAGCACUCUACACUGACCACUCUCUCUCUCUCUCUCUCUCUCGCUCUCUCUCUCUCUCUCUCUCUCUCUCUCUCUCUGUGGCUGCUGCAGACUCAGGCCUUGCGUGAAUGAACUGAAACCAGCAGAGCUGGUCGUCCAUUUUCUAAUCUUUGCUAAGAUGAUCAGCCUGAGGUGAUUUCUUCAGGAGUAAAGGGAAGGAUUGUCUGUGCAACAGCUGCCUAUAGAACAUUGUGCUUUGAUUGACUGGGACGUAGGCGAGUCGGUAUGACGCGUGCGCUCACGCUAGUCCUCAGCAGACGUGUGCUCACGAUCCUGGAACAGGCAUCCACAGCAGAAACACGAGGGCCCUCUUCUGUGUCUGUGUGUGUGUGUGUGUGUGUGUGUGUGUGUGUGUGUGUGUGCACACCAACAUGAUGAGAGCAAGUUUCAGAGCUCUUUGUCAUUUCUCAUCUCUUUGUCUUUGAUUCUGGUAAAGCUUAGAUAUUUGUUUGAAUGGGUAAAAAAAAUCGCUUGAGUCUUUUUUGAAAUGUAAUUUUUACUGAUAUUUAGUGUCUUCCACAUUGUGAGGAGGUCCAAUGACAUUGCUGCCGUUCUGUUCAGUUCCCAAACUCCCACUAGACUAGACUUUUCCUUCUGUAGUUUCAGGCCUCAUCUCCUAGAUUUUUUUUCUUUGUGUCAGAAGAUUGUGUCAUGCUAGCUUGACAGAUAACUCCAUAAUGUCAGGUGUGGAGAGCUUUUCCAGCAACAUUUGGAGUAUUAUGGCUCAGAAUCGAAAUUCCCCCAGAGCUUUUCGUAUUGAUUAUUAAACUAUAUGACAGAUUUGAGAGGCAAAUAUACUAAUCCAGUGACCAGAACACAAGUGUUAUCUAUGGGAGGCCCAGUAACUAUAACAUUAUUAUUUAUUACUACCCACUCAUGUUUAUUCUUUGAAUAUGUACUACAAGGAAAAAACUAGGGUGUGACACACAACCUCCGUAAACUAUACAUAUCACUGUCUCAAAUUGUAAAUGGUUAACUGUUUACCGAACACGAGCGAGUGUGAGAGAGAUGUAGAGAGGUAUUCUUUCGGCCUGGUGCUUUAUGUUAAUCGUACACCACCCAUUAUGGAGCAUGUGUUCAUUUCAGCUGAGUUACAGCCU